CAGCUCUGAUCCCGGGGUUCUAUCGAAUCGACUAGCCUGCAAAAUGGCUGCAGCAGGAUUGAGGAUGCCCAUGUCCUUGUUCGGCAAGAAGUCUGAAAGCAGCGCUUCCAACGUAGAAAACAACUCGUUUGCCUCGAAUGCAAAUCGAAACACAGCCGCAAAGAUGCUCGAGAACUCGGAGGAGUUGUUCCGAGCCAGCUUGACGGCCAAGAACGAGGAAAUCAGCAAGAUUACAGAUGUUCUGUUCACGGUUCGAAAGGAGCUAGGAAGGGAGGUAGCCCAUGUUCAAACUCUGAAUGCCCAGCUCGCUGCCGCACAGAACGAGCUGCAGGAGAAGGAAGUCUCGCUACAAAACGCUAACAACAGGAUCCGCGAGCUCGAGAGUCAGAUUGAAGACAUGCAAGGGACGUACAACAAGGUCAUUAUGGGGGAAGGGCAGCGACCUGCCGAUGAAGCGAAGGAAGACGAUACGAGUACGACGCAAGAAGAGCUACAUGCGGAGCUUGUCCAGUCUCUCAGAGAAAGAGCCGUGAAGUCAGAGCGGGAGGUGGCAGUGUUGCAGAGCACUGUGGCAGCGCUGCGAAACGCCUUGCUCGUUCAGCUCGAGGAAGUGGCACGGAAAUCUCAAGACGAUACGAAGCAGGAGCAGCCGUCGAUGACUGAGGCAAAGAUCUGGGAGGAAGCGGCGAUGGAAAGCGAGCGGAAGGUCAAGGAGCUAGCUCUGGAGAUCGAAGGUAAGGACCUGGUAAUUGCCGAGCUGCGAAGACGUCUGGACGAGUCCAGCAAGAAGUCCAGCUGAGGUGAUCUUCACCCCAGCCGAUGGUGACCUGGGGUAGUUUGGGACUUGUGCCGGUAAAGGCUGUCGGCACGAUCAAA